AUGUGUGAGAAGACAGAAAAUAUAACCGAUGGUAUUGAGCCUAUUUGGCUGACAAUUAAGGCACCGGGAUUGCAGCACCUGGAAGCCAUGACCGUCUACCGACCACCGAGGACAGACACUAAUGCAGAAAUGAUGGCGGAGAAGGACGCUCUGCUCGCCGAGGGUAAUAGCAACUAUGGAAGCACAAGUCCCUUUUCAAAUGACAAUCAGUUAGAAACCAAUUGUGCAAACGCUUUGCAAUAUGAUGUUUCUACUGAACCUAUACUCGAACCAGAGGAUUUGUACAAGCUGAGACAAAAGACAAGUUCUGUAUCAGCGCUGAUGAACUUUAUAAACAGUAACAUAGGAACAGGAAUUCUGGCUCUUCCUGUAGCUUUUAAGUAUUCCGGCUUGUGGAUGGGUCUAUUUUUGCUAACUUUCUACGGUUGUUUGUCAUGUUACCAGAUGCAUGUACUUUUAAGGACCGCCGAGUCCCUCAUAGUGCGUCAUGAACUCGAUCGUUCAACGAUGGACUAUACGGAAACCGUAUUUACAGUAUUCAAAUAUGGUCCAGUUAGCUUAAGGAAAUACAAAGAAAAGUACAAACAUUUAGUCAAUGUGUUUCUGUUGAUUACGCAGGUUGGAUUUUGCUGCGUAUACAUCCUAUUUAUAUCGGAAAAUAUUAAAUACUUCAUCGAAAUCGUUGCUCCCGACAAGUAUACGAAUAUCUUUCUCAUUGGGUUCCUCGUAACUCUUGCUAUACUACCACUUACUCAAAUAACAAGCAUGCGUAUCUUUGCGUUAAUGUCUGCGAUCGCCAUCGGAGUCACGGUGAUCGGUCUUGCGUUGAUUUUUGCCUACUUGCUAUCUACGGGCCUACUUGACCCACACAAUCUGGCGUGGUACAAACCGUUUGACGAAAUUCUCGUCGCACUAGGGAUAUUCAUUUUCACCUUCGAGGGAAUCAGUCUCACACUGCCAAUUCGCAAUCAUAUGACCAACCCACAAAAGUUUGUGUUGCCCUUCGGUGUCCUCAACAUGGCCAUGGUCAUGGUCAUUUCAUUGUUCUGCCUACUCGGAUUCUUUGGCUACCUAUGUUUCGGCGAGGACACUCUGAGCAGCAUCACCUACAACAUUCCGCAUUUCCCCGUGUACGUUGUCUCCCCACAUUUUUUGCCUGCUUUAUAUGUGCGUCGCCUGUGGUUUAUCGCGGCCUCUGCAGUACGUCUAGGUUUAGCAGUCCCAGAAGUCUCAACUCUAUCCAACUGA